CACACUCCAACUGCAUUUCAACUGCCUUGAUAUACUAGUUGUCACCAUAUCAUGGAGUACGAAGACGUGCUGCGACAGUACCUCGGUGAGUUCGGCAGGUACCAGAAACUGGCAGCUCUGCUCAUCGUCCUGGUCGGUCCGUCUGUCGGGGCAACCAUGUUCGCCCAGGCCUUCCUAGCGGCCAAACCGGCGCACCACUGCCGCCUCUACCAGAACGGCUCCUCGGCGAUGUACGGCCACCCUUCCGACAGUCUCAACUUCAGUGUUCCCAUGGAAAACGUGGACGGCACGUGGAGGUACAGCUCUUGUCUGAUGUACAAUGGAACUGGUGGAACAUCCGAGGGGAGUAACCAAACAGUGAGAUGUAGCGACGGUUGGGAGUACGACCAGAGCGUGUAUCACAGCACUGUUGUUACAGACUACGACCUGGUGUGUGAGCGACACUGGUUAAAGGAACUUGGACAGUCCAUCUUCAUGGUGGGGGUGAGCGCUGGGGGACUCAUCUCAGGAAUGACAUCAGACAGAUUUGGGCGCCGUCCCACAGUUGUAGCCUGUAUCGUGCUGCAGAUGGGUUCAGGACUGGCUGCUGCCUUCACCACAGAUUACGUCAUCUUCCUGGUUCUCCGCCUGCUUGCCGGGGGGGCUGCCAACGGUCUGUUCUUCGCUGGCUUAACUCUAGCCAUAGAAGUCAUCGGCUCGUCCAAGCGGAAUGUGGUGGGAAUGACGUUUAUGUUUAGCUGGGCCGUUGGAACUGUGUUUCUCGGAGGUCUUGCGUACUUCUUGCGUGAUUGGUGGAGUCUUCAGCUGGCCUUGGCAGUUAUGUCAGCGCCGCUCCUCUCGUACUGGUGGUACGUAUAUACGCUUCUCUCAGAAUCGCCAAGAUGGCUCCUAAGCAACAACAGAACCGAACAAGCCAAAAUCAACAUCCAGAAAGCAGCUAAGUUCAACAAGGUCACCAUACCAGAUGAUGUCUACGAAAAAGUCACAAAACCAAAGGACAAAGAAGCUUGGAAAAAGUCUAAGAAGUACAAUUUGACCGACCUGUUCCGUGGUCCUCGUCUGAGGAGGAUCACAGUUACGAUGUCUUCCGUCUGGUUUGCCACUGUGGUUGUGUACUACGCCUUGAUCAUUGGUUCUGCCGACCUUGCCGGUGACCCCUACCUGAACUUCGUCCUCGGCGCACUGCUGGAGAUCGGGCUGUCCCUGUUGGCACUGGUCGCCAUGGAGAAGUGGGGGAGGAGGCCUGUGGUUGGUGGAUUUCUGUUUCUGUCAGGAGCCGCUUGUCUGGCAGUAGCAGCAACACCAACAGAACGACAGGAUGUUAUCCGGUACAUCUCUCUGCUCGGUCGGUGUGCCAUCGCCGCCGCCUUCAAUUCCCUGGCCGUGUACUCCUCGGAGGUCUUCCCAACCGUAGUCAGGGCGAUGGGCAUUGGCGUGGCCAACAUGUCGUCCCGGGUAGGCGGCAUCCUGUCCCCGUUCGUGUCCCUGCUGGCGGACGUGUGGCCGCCCCUCCCCAUGCUCACGUUCGGGAUACUCUGCACUCUCGGCGGUGCCGGAGUCUUCAGCCUUCCCGAGACGUUCGGAAUCCCUCUGCCGGAUACACUUGAAGACGGCGAGAAAUUGGGAAGGAAGCAGCAAACAAAGAUUGGCACAACAGACAAGACAACCGAACCCGAACACAACCGUGGACCUGUUGUUGUUAGUGGCCACGUGAUCUGCGAUAAUGACGUUUUCUAUCAUGAUGAAUUUUGAUACGCCCUGAUAAUAGAUCUAUCGACGGGGCGAUUCAUGCAUAUCUGUCAAUGUCAACCCGAAAACCAGAGCGCGCCGGUUCGAUCUGUUGUGCUGAUACAAUGGCGUCUAUCAAUAUCAAAAUAUCAGGGAAUAGAAUAUUGGGAUGACAAAACAAAGACUGGCCUGAGCUUAGUCUUAGUAGGAACAAUAACUACAUUGACAGGUGGCGUAUAUGACAUGUAACAUUAUAGGUCAUGCUUGUUGGUAUUCAACUUAAAAAAAUGAUUGCAAUUUAUGUAUUUUGUGUGCUGAGGUGUUGACAAAUAACAUUUUUAGACGGUUUUGAUCCCCGGUGGUGAUGGGUUUAUUGAAUCAGUGUAAAACAAUGAACAUGUAACAUGUAAAACAAUGAACGUUCA